AACUUAAAUAAAUGGAACCUGAAUAUCAGUAUUUGCUGUUUUGCGCUGUGGCAGUGCUUGAGAGCCACUAUCACAGACCAGGACCCUCUUUUUUAGGCAUUGUACAAAGAGGACUAAAAGUCCUUUUGCCUAGGCAAAAAAAAAAAAAAAAAGGAAAACAUGAAAAGAAAGGUACAUGUGACAGAAACACUGCAACAGCGCUUUGGAGGUGAGCCACAGAUAGGCUGCUGUUGCCAUCUGUUGCAUAGUGCUGGCUCCUUGACAUGAUACUAGCAAAGGAGAAAUGGUCCUUUAACCUAAAGGACAUACUGCAUUGGCAUGUUGUUGUGACGUAUGUGCUUAACUGAGGGGCAAGUGUCAGUAUUUGUACUCAGUGGUAUUGGGAAGAAAGCUCCAGGAAAGUGGAGAGUUGACAGUUUUCUGGUCAAGUUGAUGAGCCUGGGAAUUUAAUUCCCAACAUUUCCUUUCUUGCUUAUUUUUAAAAAGUCUAGAAUGGUCUACUCGGCUCUGCGUGCCUCCGUCCAUUCUGUUCAUUUCAGCUAUUUGGACAUAGGAGAAACAAAGAAAAAACCUGCAGAGGUCAGUAAUGAGGUGAAGCCAGUUACUCACAGUAGAAUCAAUGUGUCGGCACGAUUUCGAAAACCACUUCAGGAGCCCUGCACUAUUUUUUAUUUAACUUUGCUUUAUUUCAGCCUCAUUGCUAAUGGAGACCUUAUCGGCCCUGUAAUGCGCCUCCUUAUUCCCAGGAAAACACUGAAUCAGUGGGAUCAUAUUCUUGAAAUGGUUACAGAAAAAGUUACCCUCAGAAGUGGAGCCGUGCACAGACUCUACACUUUAGAUGGAAAACUUGUUCAGAAUGGGUCAGAUCUGGAGAAUGGGCAGUUUUAUGUUGCAGUGGGCAGAGACAAAUUUAAGAAGUUGCCGUAUGGUGAUCUCCUGUUUAGCAAAUCUACAAUAAGAAGGCCACACGGUUCCAAAGCUUCCUCACUACCUCCUAUUGUGAGAUCUCGAAAAUCUAAAGGGAGCGGAAAUGAUCGACAAUCUAAAUCUACCGUUGGAUCCAGUGAGCCAGGAGAAAACAGUUCCUCACCUCAGCUUCCAAAAGGGAAGGACAAAAGAAGCCAGAACCGAGAGGAGACCCACUUUUCUAACAAGUCUACAAAAAUGAAACAGACAACAAGAGUAACAGCUUCCACAGUAGUCCUUCAAGAUAAGGAUGAAGGUAUUUACAAAGCUGGAGAAGAGUGGUCUGAAAUGUGGGGAGCAGCUGAAGUGCAGGAAGAUGAAGACACUCGUGUAGAAGUUCCACUGGACCAGAGACCAGCAGAAACUGUGGAUGAAGAAGAAAAUGCAGAAGAAGAAAAUGACAGGGAUGAGGAGGCCUAUAAAGGAGGGGAAGAAUAUCCAGAAGUGAAUGGAAAAGAAAGUGGGGAAGUUGUUAAAGAAAGAAGAGAAGUGGAAGAAAAUGAGAAAAAGUUAAAUGAGAAUUAUGAAGACAAACCAGAAGAAAGAGACAAUGUCGACCAAGCAGAGGAAGAGGAGGUCACCCAUUUAAAUGGCAAGACAAAUGAAGAAAAUGGUGAGGAAAUGGAGCAGUUGAAUCAUCAAAGUGACCUUCAGCCUGAAGAAGAAAUAAAAGAACAAGAGGAUCCUGACAGUCAGAACCAGGUUGGUUCCCAUCCCACAAAUCCAAGGGUGACAAUCACCAGCCCACAGGAAAGUGAAAAAAAUGACCAGACCAAUGAUUAUGCUGCAGUUGUAUAGAUACAAAAAAUGUAAUGAGGAGAAAAUGAAGGAUUACAAUAUUUUAAAUUUAGAGGAUAUUAUUAUUUAUGAUUGAUAAUUUAUAAUGGGAAGAUAAGUUGAGUACCACAUACUGAGUCUUGAGAUGAUAAUGCCAUAUGGAAUGACACAGAUAAUGAACAUUAAUACCUAUUAAAAGAGGAUUGAAUUAUUUUUAUAAGAUGUGACUUUCUGAUGGAAUUUGAGAGGGAAAAUAUAGGACUUCUCUAUAGUAAUAUUAUAAAUAAAUGAACUGUUCUGUGUUAUAAAGUGGUCAACAGUACUAGAAUCAACCAUAUGUAUGACAUUGUUCUAGAAUGCUUAAAAGAAAAAAAAAAAGGGAAAAAAACCCAACCCUGAGUUAGAUGUCAGAACUUGUUUAUAGGUCUGUUUAGAAAAGAGAUAAAAUUGUGACUUUUAAUGAGAACGUGUGUAGUUUUUUUUUUUUUUUUUUAGAUUCCACACAAUACACAUGUUUUCCAGGCAUAACAUUAGGAUAUAAUGGAAUAGGUUCUUCACUCAGUGGACUUGUACACGCUAAAAAAUGGUGUACUACAGGGAGGAGUCAGUCCUAAUGUUCCUGAAUAGUGGCUUUCCAAUAUAUUCUUUAGAAUCAUUAGUAUUUGCAUUCAAAAAUAUCCCUUAUUUAGCACUGUGAAAGUAUGUAGACAGCCUACAAUACCAUAGGUUGUUCCUACUUGCAGCAAGAAGCUUUGUUGAUGUCCUGUCCUGAAUCACUAAACAAUUUACAGGAUUUGGGCUAUGGAGUAAGACAGCUUAUUAAAUCUUGAGACUCAUGUUCCCUUUCAGAAGUGGGAAUGUAUCUGAUCAAAGCGCUAACAAUUUAACAAUAUUUAUUGUAGUGAAAAAAGAAUAAAGGAAGACUUUCUAUCAAAUUAGUUUCAAAAGCUGAGUUUGGACUGAUUUGUAAUUCAGUCCAUGAGAAAUUUAAUUUAUUAAUGAAAAAAUAAUGAAUAUGUCCAGAUCCAGACUGAAACUGCCAUGGAAACGUUGCUAUCAAUGGAGCCAUUUUAAUGUGAAACACAUUAGGAUAAGCCUACCAGUUUUGUGUAAAACUCACAGCAAGUACUGUGCUUAUGAAUCCUUUGUAUAAUCUUAAUGCUUGAAAGUGUAUCAUCAUCUUUCUGAGUAAGCUGGCUUCUGACAGGCUGUUGCCUAAUUUGCAUUAGUAAAUAAGUCAUUGAUCCACAGUAUUAGUUCUUCUGAUGACACCAAUCCCAUUGCUCGUACUGUUUCUCUGUUAGUAAUGGCAAUAAUUUGUAGUUCAUAGAGAUACAGCCCUGAGCAUAAUUUCAUUAAUUAUAUAAAGGAAAUAGUGGGUUUCUUUAUUGUUAAUGCUGGUAAAUGAUUGCUAUGAGAAAUUAAGUGCCAUUUUUGUUGAUUUCAUGCCAUUAAGGAAAAAAAUUACAUUUAUGAAGAAACUGAGCUUGAAGCAUUGCACUGUUUGAAGAAUGUGUAAAACCACUUGUCAUGAUUGAAACUCAUGCAAAUAUCUGCACUUUUUCUAGUAAUUAUUAAAUAUAUUUUUCCAGCGGAGUAGAAAUAUGUAGAGAUCCUUCAGCAUGUUUCUGAGUAUUGGCAGUGUAAAUAUAAAAAAUGUGGCACUAAAAACCAUAGGAAUAGGAUUAGAAUGGUUUGCCUGUGUCAUUAGAACCCUGUGGUAAUUCCAAAAUAUCUGUGAUCUGUGUGUCCUUUGUCUGACAAAGAUCUAAGGAAAUACUACAUUUGAGAUCGGUUCAAAAUAGGCUCAAAAUAGGUUCAAAAUAUAGCAAAGUUCUUAAGCAAGUAUGUAUGCUUAUUUUAUUUGAUGGAGCAAUUAAACUUUUGCUCAAAUCUCUUUGAUUUCACUGGGAUUUAACCAGACACUUAAAAUUGAGCAGAAGUAAGAGACCAGUAUGAAUAAAAUAGCUGGAGGUGCUAGUGAGGAAAAUGACACAUAAAAAUCCUCUGUGUACCUUUAUAGUUAAUCCUGCAGUGGAAUAAUAUAUGCAGUAGCAUUAUAAAAGCUAUCAAACAAUACUUAACCAGCCAGAGAAAGCAGCUUCCUCUCCUCAGGGAAUAUACUCUCUGAACCUUCUGUGUAAAGCCUAUCAGGAAAAUGGCUAAUGUUGUAUCUUUUCUCACUUAAAACUGAAUAGCUCAUGUGCUUAAUAGUAAGCAUGGGCUUAAAUGCUUUGCUGAAUCAAGACAAAUUUUGUAUUGACAUUACUAUGAAAGGGCUCUUUGCUUGAAGUUAACGUUAUACCAGAUAUGGGACUCUACUUACUGUCAUUGCAGGUUAAGACUUGAACAGCCUAUGUGAUGUUCUUCAUCCUCAGAAGUUUGAAAUUAAAUGAACAUCCAAAAAUAUCCAAAUGAAGAUUUUUCGAUGACCUGUUGAAACUGGAAAACAUAUUUGCCUCAAAAUUUUGUACCUAGAAGUAAUAUUUAGAAGAAACAGAGAUUUGUAUACUGACACUUUUUUCUCUCUUUUUCUAUUCAUAGCUUUUAUCUGCCUGUGGCUCCUAUGCCACUUCUUUUCUUUUCCUCAAAUGUUCAGUGUCUUCCAUACCUAAAAGACUUAAAACUAUCAAUAAGAGCUAUUUAAAAGCUUAAACUAAAUUCUAAUGAACUGUAAUGUAAUCAGUCUUUCAUGGGGACAUGAAAGUCCCAAUGAGUGUUAUUCAGCCUUUUAAAUAUUUUCCCCUCUGUUGUUCAUAUUCUAAAGAAGAUAGUAUACUUUUCUUCAGCAAGUCAGACUUGAUGGACAUAAAGACAUAAGCAUUUUCAUUGUUCACUCUUACAACAUUGAAAACAUGAAUGUUGUAUCAGGUUCCCUCAUUUUACAGAGAGAGAAUUAUUUUAUUGUAUAACCAGUAAUUCUGACAUGAAGGUAGACGUUAAACAAGAAGCAUGCAAGUGGUCUUGCUAAUAGUUUUUUUUGUGUGGAUUUGCUGUGUGUGAUGGCUUAAAAGUUUUACAGAAAAAAUGCUAUUUUGUUAAGCUUAUAUACAACAUUUCUGAGUUUUUAGAGAAUUUUUUUUAUUGUUUGGUUUUAUUUUUAAAAACAAUUUGCUAUUAAAGAGAGCUAGUAUACAGGCAUUCCUGUGUUUUGUUUCAGAUCGAGGCCAGUUUGACAUUAAGUCUAUCUUUGGAUGACUGAUUUCAAUUAUGAGACUGGUGCUUUUGAAACUGUUACAAUUCUUCCAUAACUAGAACUUUAUGACAGUGAAGUUUGGUAGUUAUGAUAUUGCAACUGUGACAGAAAAUACGCUGACAAUUUAGCCAUUAUCCAUGAAUAACAACACAUUUAAACUGGCCACCCUUUUUCAAUGUCAUGAUUCAUUAAAAAUGCUCAAGUUGGGACUGGAUUUGUCUGUAUAUACAUACUGUUCAGCUGAUGUUCAACAAAUAACAUGAGUUCUGUCUGUUCACUGAAGACAUCUGAGAAAACUUUCAAGCAUCUAGGUAUCUCCCUAGUUGGUACACUUUUUAUUUAGCUACUAUAGGAGGUGAUUUCCCAGUUUCAGCAAAACACUAAAGCAUGUGGUGAAGUCCCAUAGAUUAGUUCCUGGAAAUAAAUGGGUGAAGACAAGGCAGAUGUAAUCUCCUCUCAAUCUCAUUGAAAGUAAAGAAGAAAAACGGAAUACAGGUAGGUAUGCUGGUUGCUUGAGAAUACUGAGAAAGGAGUGUUUCAUUGGCUGUUUUGAAUGAUUAUCCCAAAGGUACAUUAAAAUAACCAUUAGAUAAUAAAUGUAAGUAAAAAAUGAAGUACCUUGAGUAAGGAUAGAUUUAUUAAAUAAUAGCAAUCAGAAUGAUUUAAUGGGGUGCCAAGGAUGUAUUGUUUUGGGUGGCCGACAGCCCUCAGUCUAAGUUUUAGUCAAAAGAAGUGUUCCAGAUGUGGCAAUAGACAGUGAAACUAUCCAACAUCACUAGAUUAUUGCUCAUACACAUAGCCCUGAAGUAAAAUGGAAAUAGCCGAAAACUGACUAUCAGCUAAGUGGGUCAUAAGGAAAUGGAAAGGAGUUAAAAACUUAAGGAAGAAAGUACAAAUCUGUCCUACAAUAUGUGGUACUUUAACUUCUAAAGGUCUUUACUACUAACUACAGUGUUGAGAAUAUCCAGUUUAAACAAUGGGAUAUUUUGAAACAGUAGGCAGACUUCUAACAACCUAAGUGAUGACUAUAAACGCCUGUAAAUGUUCACAUUUCUUUUGCAGUCACCUACAGCUAUGAUGACACUUAGCUCUAAUAUUUGCAUUUUUUAUAAAUGAAUCCCUAGCUCAAUUAUAACUUCCUCUUGCCCACAGUGGGACCAAAAUUUAAUUCAAAAUACAGGUUUUAUUAGCUAAAAGCUCCCACAGGCUAAUUCUUAAAAGGUUUUGAAAUCCCGUGUUUGAUGUAAGCUAGGAGGAAUCUAAUUCUCCAUAAAAUUAUGUUUCUGUACAUCAAGAACGUGCAGAUUUAUGAUUACAGUUAACAUAUUUUCAAAGGUACAAGUCUCAUGAAUACUGCUUAUGUUGUGAAGUCUUUGAUUAGCGUCCACCUAUUUUAAUAUAAAAAGACAAAAUCAAGUCUUCCAUCUGUAAUAACUGUCGGUCUGGAAGCUCCCUGUCAUACUCCGGCUCCCCCAGUUUGCACAGUCACUGAAACAAGGUGAAGCAGGUGAGGUCAAACUUCUAAUCCACGCUCCCUCCAUAGAAUGGUUUUUGAAGGCAUUUACUUUUUCCAAACUCCAAAAUAAAAUGUGAAAAAAUGUUGCCCUAGCCUAACGUCCUCUCCCUAACACCCAAAUUACAGUCUCAACACUGGUGAUUUCCAGGUGAGCGGUCCUGCUCUGUUCCAGACAAAAAGCACCGACCAGAUAAUCAAAUCACCUAACUUAAGGCAUUUGAUCUCAGUGGUUACGCUGGAUCAGUUUCUCUAGACUCUCUAGUUUCUGAAGGAAGAACAAUUGCCAUCCAGAGGGUGAUACAAAACAUCUGAGAUCCUGGGCAGAGUCCCCCUUAAGGGACUAUCUGGUUGUAGAGGCAGCUUAAGAAUUAGGGAAAAAAUAGAUGAUGUGGGAGGAUGGUGUUCACUUGAGAUCCACUUAAAACUCCUUCCCCUUCCUGUCCUCAUCUGAAGAAGCUGACUUUAACAGGCACUUGCAAAAGGUGUUCAAGCAUAAAUAACACAAUACCAAAGUACCCCAACCCUGUGACAAUUUCCAGCAAUGUCAGACGAAUGGUGUGUUGUGUCCAAAGUGCCAUUCCCUCCUGGGCAUGGUCCAAUUUCCCUUCUGUUUAGAAAGGAAGAAAAGGAGCUCAAAGAGUUAUCCUGUAGGUGUCCUUGCCUAAAAUUUAGAUGGUUAUAUUAUUUUUUUAAACAAACAUGAAACAAAGUAUAGUUUGCAAAGGUGGUAUAUAACAAAAUGGCAGAAAGUUUUUGCUAACAAAAAGCACAUUCAUUUAUAAAGAGAGUUCUGUGCUUUUCUUCAAUGUUGUAUUUGUGUUUUUUGGUUUCUUCCCUCAGCCUGGUCACAAAGGAACAUCUGGUAUAGGGAUGACCAAGAGGUGUGAAAAAAGAUAGAGACUGACUGCAAGGGAGGAGGAUUGUAGCUCAAAUGAAUGGAAAGUUGCCAAAAUACAAAGAGGAGGGGCCUAGCACCGUGAAGCCAAACUUUCUUAAAGUCAAUGGAAAGGCCUUCAGGUAUUGCAGAUCCAGGUCAAACCAGGGCUCUCAUUGUAAAUUGACAAAUGAGUUUUUUCCCCAAUGACUUUUUGAUCCUCAGUCUAAAACUCUCCAAGCCUGACCAUUCAGAGUGCAACAACAUUUUCCUGAUAUUGGGACACUGUGGUGAAAGUUUGAACAAAAGGCUUUAUAAGACAAUUCUAAGGGAAACUACAUUUCUUAAGACUGACUGUAUUGCUUUCAAAUCUUGCAAGUUUAGGGCCAUUUCUUAUCCCUUUUCCUCCUAUCUUUAUUAUGAAAACUGGAAAAGCAGUUUAACUUUCAAACAUGAAAAUAUCUUAAUUUCUUCCUCUUUCAAAAAUUGUUUGACUGCAGAUUUAAAGAGCAUUGCUGGAAGCUCAUACUCCAAAUUUGAUGCAGUAGCUAGUAGGAUAGAUCGUAUGAAGAUGCUGAAAAAACUAAGAUGGUGCCAUUUAUUUCUAAGCAAGAUUUAAAAAAAAAGUUUGUAGAAAUUAGUCAUUAAGAAAAGCACUCGCCACCCCUUUUUUUGCCCUGUAGCUGAGCAAGAUUUGCCCAUGCUGUGGCUACACCUGAGUCAGGGAACCUGCUGCACCCGUUGGCUGGUCCAGCUGCUUCCCAGGUGAAACUUUGAAGGUGAAAAAUCUGGCUGUGAGCAGCUCCGUGUCAGACUUUGCUCUGGCAGCACGGCUCCCUGCGGCUGCCCUGCUUCCCUCCCUUCCAGCAAAGCAACAACACCUCAUUCACACCAUGAACUUUAGUUCUGCUGUAGCCCUGUGUCUUACUGAGUAGUACCGGCUCUUUGUGCCCCUUAACGCCUGUCUUGAUUCACUUUCCUGGCAGAGCUGAAUUUUGAGAGAGGUGUGCGUGGCCUCCUGGGGCAGUGCUGCAGGCUGCCGUGCGGCUUUGUGGGAGCUGCUGCUGCUCAGCAGGAGACAGCCUGGCGGGAGGCUCUGGGACAGCUGCUAGUGCUUGAGAGAGCUGGGAGCAGCCAGCCACAGGGCAGAAGUACUGAGGACAACCACCAGGCUUAUGCUGAAGCAGUUUUGCAGAAGAACCAAGUGAAUAUUGCAGAAGCAAGGACCUAGGUGUUAAACCUAAGGAGGCAGUGGAUGCUUGAGGUAGCAGGGAAUGGCUAUUUUAUUAACGAGUGCUUAGGAAAUGGGUACUACCCUUCACCUGCACUUUCGCUUGGGUGAGUUGAUCCUCCUGCUCCUGGGGGGGGGGGGGGGGGGAUAAACUAUCUUCAGGCCUCAGCACUCAGGGAUGUGUAGAUAUUUCUGCUUUUCUCAGGUGGGGAGGACUUCUGAUUUGACUGAUUUGAUCAGAGAGUUGAUUUAAACACUUCUACCUCUGUGACAAAAUGUCAGUGAUGUCAGAGAUGAGUAGGCAUACUGCACUUUGGAUACCCAGAUUGGUUUCAGGUUAUGCAGAAGUUACCUCGUUUCCUCUGUUACCCAGGGUCACAGUUUCAUUCCCAUAUGCCAUCUUUGUAUCCUUCUCUGUUAUUCUGCUGCAUCUGUUCUUCCAGUUUGAUUGUGAGAAAUGAUAUUUCUAAAAAUAAUGUCGGUGCUCCGCAUUAUUUCUAGGUUAGAGAUUGCUGGAAAAGUGGACAUGCUAGGAAAAACCUGAGCUUUACACCUUCCCCCGCUUUAUGAAGUAGCCAUCCCCUUAUUGCUCCCACUGCGCCACUCAGCACUCGCCUGGAGUUAACUCAGUAAGCCAGGGUCUGGGACUCAUGUCCACUGCUCAAAAGCAGUCUCUCUCCACAGAGAAAGAAAAGGGGAUGAAGAUCAUUUCUCCUUUCCAUGCAACACAAGGCCUAGUACAAGAUGCCUGAUGGGUUCAUCACUCGAGGCAUCUUGACCACACUGUUGUAAGUGGCUUAUCCUCGAGCAGGGAAGGUAGGAUAGCUACACCUCUUGGGUGCUUUUGGCUGGGGAAUCUCCCCUUUGAGCCCAUCUGAUGCUCACAGAUGGGACCGUGUGUGUGAGUGACAGCAGCUGUUGCCUGGAAAAGCAUCCCCCCCCACUCGCGUGGAGCAGAGCCUUUCCCUGGCAGAGCAUUCUCAAGUGUGAAUUUCAGCGGGCAAACUGAGGCAGAGUAGGAGAUCUUGGCAUGCUUGGUGCCCAAAGGAUUUUUGACACUGCUAUCAGACAAAUGCCUACAUUUCUGAAAGCCUCUUGCUUCCAUCAGCAAAUGGAAAGGCCUAAGCAUAUAACUUGCAUUGCAAGGUGAGAUGCAGAUGUACUCAGUUGAUUAUGGCCUUACAAAGCAGAGGGCCAAAGAGGCAGCGAGUAUGUAUGUGAUGGAUACUGUGCGAUGGUCUGGUAAGCUACGCUUCCCGGAGAUGGUGGAAAGUGCUCAGCAGUCUUUAGCUCGAGGGGUUUUGUCUUGGCAUGCAUUCGCUCCAGUUUCGGGAGAAACCUCCUUGCAAGGGGACAGCUUGAGUGCGGCACUCGGUCUGAGUAAGAGCUAGCAGAAGAGAUUUCUUUUUCAUCAUAGCUUAAAGGGAAAAUGUAUCCUUGUACUGAGGGCAACAGAGUCGUCCAAGAAUAAGGUACUCAUGCAUGCCUGGCCAUCUGGGGUGGACAGGAAUACUGGCAUUAAAAGUCUUUUAAAAUGUCUGCUUCCACCAAGAUUUCAGCCAGUGCAUUUACAUUGUUCUAGUCACAGGUUUCAGAGCUUUUCUGUGCUUUUGAUAUUCAUUGACAGAUGAUCAACACUGAUGCUUGAAGUGCUACAUUUUGGCAGCUUCCCGGCUCUCCACUGGGGCUCCUUCCAGCUCACCCCUCUAUCCCCUCCUUUCCUGCCUGCUCCUGCUGCAGAGCUGCUCCUGCUGUGUGGUGACUUCAGGCAGACAGGAGCCCCCUUGGAGACGUGCCUGAGGCAGGGGUCCCUGUUGCCUCACCCUUAUUGCUGCUCUGAAAAUAGACACAGAGGCUUAGGAAGGAAAUGUCAGGGCAUGAGGUUCCUGGAGGAGACAGCGAGAAAGGGCAGCAGAUGCUGAAGUCAUUAUGAGAGCAGACGCAGGGAAAUAAUGACAUUCCAGAAAGGCCUCUUUCUAGCCAAACAGACGCGUUAUUUGUAGUAUCAGACUGGAGGGUGCCUUUAGCUAGGCAACAUACUAAAGCAGUGAGUCUUGAAGCUGUAAUUGCUGGAGCAGCAUAUUCUAGCAUAUCAUUAAACUGACUAGCUUAUUAGCAGUGUUUAAAAAUGAUCUUCCAUUUUCAUUUGCAAAAUACCCAUCAAUAGUAUAUUAUGGAAAAAGUUGGCCUUCAAAAAAACAGCUGCAAAUGAUUAGCCAAAACAAUAAAAGCAGUUACUUGCAUUCUUUCUUUUCUGUUUGCAUGUCCAUUAGAAAUAUUUGCCUGACUUACUGUUAGUAUGGCAGAGCUUAUUUUCAAAACAGGCCCUCUGUAAUUUAUCUGACAGCAAAACUGAGCUUUGUCCUGCUUGAUGUAUAUCAAGUGUAUUCUGGAGGAUUAUCUGGAGGAAAAUGGACAUGUAAGCAAUCCAGCCCUAAUGCUAAUAGCAAGAGUGUGAAAGUAGGUUUUGCGGCCUACUGGUAAGGUUACUAGAGGGCAUGCAAUGUGGUGAGAAACUGUCCUUGGAGCGAGAAAAACAACUCCCAGAUGUUCAGUAAGGAACUUACGGGCUUAGGGGAGUUUCUUUGCCACCUCGGAGACAGUACAUGCUAUCCGAUCACAUACUGUUCAGAUGUGCGUGCUAAAUGAACAUGUAUCAAUCACUGUAUAGUUUGAUUCACAUGAUCACGGUUAAAGCAUAUAAAUGAUGCUAUUCGGGCUUAAUAAAGUGUCAGCAUUUAAUCAUA